AUGCAGGCCAUCUCGCGAACCAUGAUCCGCCCUGCGGCUCUCCGCCAGACGGCUCGUCGCGCCUACAGCUCGGCUACCACGCCCUAUGCGCAGACCAUUAACAACCUCCGUAUCAACGGCGACACCAAGGUCAUCUUCCAGGGUUUCACUGGCAAGCAGGGAACCUUCCACGCUCAGCAGGCCAUCGACGUCGCCUCCCCAAUCAUAGGCACCAAGGUUGUUGGUGGAACGAACCCCAAGAAGGCUGGCCAGACUCACCUCGACCUCCCCGUCUUCAAGAACGUCUCUGAUGCCGUCAAGCAGACUGGCGCCACCGCCACUGCCCUCUUCGUCCCCCCUCCUCUGGCCGCCGCUGGUAUUGAGGAGGCUCUUGAGGCUGAGAUCCCCCUGGCUGUCUGCAUUACUGAGGGUAUCCCCCAGCACGACAUGGUCCGCAUCACCUCGAUGCUCAAGUCUCAGACCAAGACCCGCCUGGUCGGCCCCAACUGCCCCGGCAUCAUCGCCCCCGGCCAGUGCAAGAUCGGUAUCAUGCCUGGCUUCAUCCACAAGCGCGGUCGCAUCGGUAUCGUCUCGCGUUCCGGUACUCUGACCUACGAGGCCGUCAACCAGACGACCCAGGCCGGCCUGGGCCAGUCCCUCGUCGUCGGUAUUGGCGGUGACCCCUUCAGCGGCACCAACUUCAUCGACUGCCUCAGGGUCUUCACCGAGGACCCCGAGACCGACGGUAUCAUCAUGAUUGGUGAGAUCGGCGGUUCCGCCGAGGAGGACGCUGCCGAGUUCCUCAAGGCCGCCAAUACUGUCGGUGGUGGCAAGCCCGUCGUCAGCUUCAUCGCCGGUAUCUCGGCUCCCCCGGGCCGCCGCAUGGGUCACGCCGGUGCCAUCGUCUCUGGUGGCAAGGGCGGUGCCGAGUCCAAGAUUGCGGCCCUCGAGAGUGCCGGUGUCAUUGUCGAGCGCUCGCCCGCCGGUCUCGGAAAGGCCCUCUACGACGAGUUUGUCCGCCGUGACCUCCUGUAA